CUGUCAUUAGUUUUUGAGUUAUCAAGUAGUUCGGAUCGCUUUUUGGUUGCAGCUGAGAAAUUCCUGGUUCACCUCAUCUUCCUGGCUCCUGGAAAGUUCAUUGACCCUUCUGGACAGUUUGGGUUCAUUGGCCGGUCGUUUUGCUAAUUGUGGCCGUGCCAGUACAAAACCGUUCACCAUAGGGCUAUCAGAGACGGCUGUAAUGGAUAUCAUGGCUUCCAACCUCCAGCAGCAGCGAGCCAUCACCGAGCAAUUGAGACGUGAGGCUGCGAUUCAACGGGUCACAGUUACCCAAGCAGUUGCCGAUAUCGUCAAAUACGUAACGGAGCACGAAGCCGAAGACUGUCUGUUGGUUGGGUUUUCCAGCCAAAAAGUGAAUCCGUUUCGAGAGAAAAGUUCCUGCCAGAUUCUUUAAAUUAUACUGUUGCCUCACCCAGCAAUCCACAUCAAGAGUGGAAUAUUAAUAUUGUUUAUUACCGUGGGAAAUUAGAAUCUCGAAUAACAGUAGUGGUUUAAUGGCGGAUGGGAGUAUCAAUAUGACGUCAUAAACAUUACUAUUCAUCUGUCUACUUUUAUAGAUGUUUUAGAGGAAACAAAUCGCUGAUGGUGGAACUAUUGCUAACAUACUAGGUAGAGAUCGCUUAAUGUCGUAAAAGUAAACGAAAUUCGUUUUAAACUGAUAACAAUACCUCUCGGGUUAUUGAACAAUUUCUAUCGGGGGGUCUAGUAUUCAAUCCGAAAACUAACUCAUGAUAACAAAUUACAACAUGCAGAAUCGACCAAAGUCGCUCGGAAAAUAUGAACAUUUGAAUGACUUGUAAUUGAACUUCUUGGGGUAUUUUGUAAUCUUUUUUGGAAAACAAAUAUAAACCAUCGUCAGACAUUGUAACUAACGCAUAUAAACACAAAUAUAUUUAUAAAAUGUUGAAAAUGGAACAUCUACUGCAGUGUGCGAAGUAUUUCUUUGGCCUGAAAUUAUAGAGUCGAGUAAUAAUCAAUAAAUAUCAAGCAAAUAAUGACUUCUGAAGCACAAUAAAAUAUAAUCUAUUUAUGUAUGGUGUA